AUUAUAAAAUCUGACUAGUCAUAAUACUGUGGAAUCAAAAGGCUCGGGCUGAGAGAGUCUAUCAUAUGCUAUAUGAACAGCUUGCUCACAGUAGAAGGCGCCAUCAAUAUGUUUAGGCACUGCUAAAUCAUCCGAAACAAAACCCUUUCCCCAUUCUUCCUUCAAAAACCUUCGCACACAAAAAAAGGAACAAAUUGAACCUUGCAGCAGCACCCACAACAAUUGAACCUAAUCAAUCAUUUCCAGAAGCUAAAAGGAACGAAUUUUACGACAAGAACCCAUUCUCAAAGUUUCUAUGGAAUAAUAAUUCGUAUCCAGUUUCGUUAAUCAAAUAUCCGAACCCUCUCUCUAUUUCCACAUCGUUGGGAGUGAUACCGUGCUCUCGUGCUGGAUUCUGGACUUUUAUGUUUUCUGCAGCUUCAAUCAGAGGAGCAAGACACGGGUUUUCCUGCACAUUCAAUAGACAUAGCUUAUUCUGGCUAUGCUUAGUUGAAGAUGUUCCAACUGUUGCAUCAUCCCCUACCACAUGUUUUCAAUCUUUUACUCCUUAUGAGUCCAUACAUCCAAGAACUUACAGGACACAGAGACAUAUUUCAAGAGUUCCCCCUGUAUAUUCUCCGUCAUCUUUUCUUUUACAGCAGAGAUCAGAUAUCAUUGGAAGCCAUGGUAAUCAGGGAAAUAAGCUACCUUCUAGAUACACAAGUAAUGAAGCAGUUGAACUGAAGACCCAAAAUGAUGUUGUACGGUUCUCUCUCUAUAAGCCUGGUGAUAUUGGUUCUAUAAAGAACAGCCAAAAUAAAAAAACAGUGAAGAAAUCAAGAAAGGCCAAAGUGAAUGAGCUCAGAUUCUAUCGUUUGAAGGCAAAGCAAAAAAUGUAUUCUCCUAAUCCAGAAGUUAGAAUUCUCUAUAAGCUUGGAAAGGCCAAGCGAAAGGAAACAUGGUUGAUUGAAAAGCUUAGGAAAUUUGAUGUGCCGAAGCUUCCACCAGAGACAUUUGAUCCCGAAAUUUUAACUGAGGAGGAGAGGCAUUACCUGAAGCGCACUGGAGAGAAAAAGAAACACUAUGUUCCAGUUGGGAGACGUGGAGUGUUUGGUGGGGUAGUUCUAAACAUGCAUCUUCACUGGAAGAAUCAUGAGACGGUAAAGGUUAUAUGCAAGCCUUGCAAACCGGGUCAAGCUCAACAAUAUGCUGAAGAGCUUGCUCGACUGAGCAAAGGCAUUGUGAUUGACAUCAAACCCAAUAACAUUAUCAUUUUUUACCGUGGAAAGAAUUAUGUACAGCCAAAAGUAAUGUCACCUCCAGAUACAUUAUCAAAAGUGAAGGCCUUGGAGAAAUAUCGGUAUGAGCAGUCCCUUGAGCAUACUAGCCAGUUCAUUGAGAAGUUGGAGAAAGAGCUUGAAGAGUAUCACGAGCACGUUGCGAGGUUUAAAAAAGGGAAAGAGGGCGCAACUUAAGAUGUUAGGGUGUACAUUAGUAUGUUGUUCCCAGUUGAUAUAAAUCAUGCUUGGUCUAGUAAUAAAAAUGUUGCAAAAAAUUUCUUUUAUUUUGUUUUGUAGAAGAAAAAUACUAACAUACUUUUUAACAUAUUCUUUCCAACACAAUCUAUUAUUUGAUUGAAUCUCAUGUGAUUCUCGCUAAAAAACAUGGUCUCUCUCUUUCAGUUGUAGUUAUUUUAGUCAUGGAUUGAGGAAGCUUGACCUUUUUUUUGACGGCAAUGUCACACAUGAGACUUGGACAAGUGAUCUUUGUAACUUGUUUGCUCUCGAGGAAAUGUAAAAUCCUGCAUGAGAUGUCAAGUUGACAGCUUCUAAUGUUACAAAGAAAUAGGUUUCACAUUCAUUAUUUACAAUCUAUAGGUAUUGUGAAGACAAUUUACAUGCUGAUAUAUGGUGUAUCGUUUUAAGUUAAUGAUGGUGUUAUUUAGCUUA